AUGGCUGAGAAAUUACUUAAGAAUCAAGCUGAUCUACUAGGAAGGUUGGAGAAAGCUCAAACAAACUAUAAGAAGACUCCGAAAAUUAGAAUAACUAAAGGUUAUGUGGAAACAAGGAUCGAUACUUUAGAAAAGUUACAUGCAGAAUUCAACAGUAAUCACAAAGAACUUAUUCAGAUAAUUAAACCUGAACAAGAGCAAGUCUUACCUUACUUUACUAAUGAUAAAUAUGAUGAGUUUGAAGAGACAUAUAUUGCCUACAUGUCAGAUCUCAAAGAGGUACAGGGCAGGUUCACUGAAAAGCACAAACCUGAAUCGAAUACUCCGCCGUGUAAUGAAGUUAAGCUUCCAAGAAUACAAUUACCAACGUUCAGUGGUAAAUACGGGGAGUGGCAGACAUUCUACGAUAUGUUCGUGUCGCUAAUACAUAACAAUGAGAAAUUAUCAGCUGUUCAAAAAUUGCACUAUUUGAAAAGCAGUGUACAAGGAGAACCAGAGAGCAUGCUGCGUAAUUUCGCUACCACAGACCAAAAUUAUGAUGAGGCUUGGAAACAACUAACUAAACGUUACAACAACAAACGGUACAACUCAAACGCAAUUCUGAAGAUACUUUUCUCACAAAAACAAAUCAAUACAGAUUCCUCGCAUGGUAUCAAACAAUUACUUGAUACAACGUCUUCUUGUUUGAAAGCUUUGAACAAUAUUGGAAUUAGAACUGAAACAUGGGAUGUUAUAAUAGUUCAUCUUGUGGUUUCCAAACUAGAUGUGGAAUCUCAUAAACAAUGGGAACAGCAGAUAAGUCUUAUGGCUGAAGAUAUGCCUUCGUGGGCGCAACUUGUUGAAUUUCUGGAAGCUAGAUUCCGAAGCAUGGAGAUGAUAGAUUCUAGUAAGCACACUAAGCCGUUGACACAAGUGAAGAAACCAUUGACUAAGACUAAAUCAUUCCAUUCAGCAGUACAACAACAGGAUAACAAGAAGAAUGAUACAAUAUGUGUUCUCUGUGGCGAGAAUCACCAUUUGAAUUUGUGUAAGCAGUUUGAGAAGAAAUCUGUACAGGAAAGAAGAGAUUUUAUACAAUCAAAAGGGCUAUGCUUUAAUUGCUUGCAACCAACGCAUGUUGUUAUGAAAUGCCGAUUACCAACUAGUUGCAAGAAGUACGGACGAAGACAUCACACUAUGUUACACUUUGAUAAGGAAGAGUUCACGGAACAGACGAUUGGCAAUCAAGGAGAGAAAAAUCAAAACAAAGUUGACGGAACAAAGCAUUAUGGGUCAUCCACAGCUAACCCACUAAAUAUAGUGGCGAACUUCUCAAAGCAAGAUUUAAGCUAUCAUGUGCUGUUGGCAACAGCUAUCAUCAAGGCUCGUUCAAGGAACGGGAAGACAUAUCCGAUUCGUGCUUUGUUAGAUCAAGGUUCUCAAGCUUCUUUUGUAACGGAAGCAACGGCUCAGUUACUUGGUCUCAAACGCUUUUCUGUUAAUGGCGUGGUUUCAGGUUUGGGAGGUGGUCAAACGCGUGUUAAAUACAUGGUAACUUUAGGUCUUAAGUCGCGUCACAACCCCGAAAUUACCUUUCACGUAAAUGCUUAUGUUCUAGGUUUGCUUACCUCACUGCUUCCAGGUGACAAGCUGGAAACACCUGACUGGCUAGAACUCCAGAAAUUGAAUUUAGCUGAUCCAAAUUUUGCUUCACCAGGUAAAAUUGAUGUUUUAUUAGGAGCUGAAGUGUACUACGAAGUUUUAUUAGACGGCAUUAUGAAACAACCUCAAGGAAAACUCUUAGCGCAAAAUACGGUCUUUGGGUGGAUUUUAUAUGGUAAAUUGUCGGAUUCAUCUUCAGCUAAUGACAAUGUUACGAGUUUACAUUUGCGUUUCGCUCCAGAGGAUGACUGUCUCAAACGUUUUUGGGAAAUUGAGGCUGAACCUGAUCAGAUUCAGAAGAGACUGACUAAAGAGGAGCAAUUAUGUGAAAAUAUCUAUCAAGCUACAACUGUUAGAAAUAAAGAAGGAAGGUUCGUUGUCAAGCUACUAUUUAAAAAUGAGGAUCCUGCAUGUCAAUAUGGACAUUCGAAGGAUAUAGCAACGAAAAAACUUAUAGCUUUAGAAAGGAGGUUAACGAAAGACCCUAAAUUAUAUGAAGAAUAUCGAAAAGUUUUAGAUGAAUAUUUGACUCUUAAGCACAUGACUCUUGUUGAUGAAGCGGACAUUGACAAUCCCAAAGCGGUCUAUCUACCUCACCAUGCUGUCGUAAGAGACGACAAGGAUACGACUAAGGUUCGUGUGGUCUUUAAUGCAUCAAGCAAGGGCAUCAAUGACGUCUCACUUAAUGACGAUCUUCUAGUUGGACCUAAGCUCCAACAGGAUUUGAGGCAUUUAUUGAUGAGAUUUCGCACUCAUCGAAUUUGUAUUGUUGCUGACCUUGUGAAAAUGUAUAGGCAGGUGCUUAUACAUGCCGAUGAUACGAAUUUUCAAAGGAUACUUUGGAGAGCCCAUCCAGAUUUGCCUAUUCAACACUAUAAGUUGUUGACAUUAACUUUUGGUACGGCAUGUGCUCCGUAUCUGGCAGUGAAGACGUUACAAAGGCUGGCUGACGAUGAAGCUCACAGUUUUCCAAAGGCAUCAGAAAUAACUAAAAGAGACUAUUACAUUGAUGAUUUAAUGACCGGAUGUGAUACAGAAGAAGAAGCUAGAAGCGUAUAUGAUGAAAUGAAUAAACUAAUGACAUCUGGAGGAUUUCAACUACAAAAAUGGAGCAGUAACAGUAGUGAGUUAUUAAAAUAUAUUGGAGAGAACAAACACAGUAAAGAAAAGUCAGUGCCAAUCAAAGCUGAUAAUAUGAUGAAGAUUCUAGGUCUACAGUGGGAUCGAGCUACAGAUAAUUUUGAAUACACGGUCGCUUUACCUGAGGUGAAAUAUCCCAUUACAAAAAGGCAAGUCCUGUCCGACAUUGCUCGAUUAUAUGAUCCAAUGGGCUGGAUUGCGCCGGUUGUAGUUUCAGCAAAGAUUAUUAUCCAGAAAAUAUGGCAAGAGCAUUUAGACUGGGACGAUCAUAUCACCGGUGAGUUGCAAGAGCAAUGGAUCAAGUUCAGGAAUGAUUUGGUUGAAAUCAAGAAAAUUGAGAUUCCUAGAUGGAUUAAGAGUACUAGAGGUAGCUAUUGUGAGCUACAUGCAUUUUCUGACGCGUCUCAAGCAGCUUACGCUGCAGCAGUCUAUAUUCGAGUUAUAGAACAUGAUGGAUCGGUGCACGUAAACUUGAUAUCUGCUAAAACAAAGGUUGCCCCUAUAGAUAAGGUAAUGUCAAUUCCCAGAUUGGAAUUGUGCGGCGCGACACUUGCAGCAAAAUUGCUAUCAGAGAUAUCUCAAGUAAUGAACAUACCGAAAGAAAAUCUUCAUGGGUGGACUGACUCCACAAUCGUAUUGGCAUGGCUGAAGGGUGGAGCUAGCAAAUGGACUACAUUUGUCAGCAAUCGUGUCUCAGAUAUUCUCUCGAUUAUGGACUACAGACAAUGGCAACAUGUUUCGACUGACACAAACCCUGCGGAUUGUGCGUCAAGAGGUUUACAGCCCUCAGAAAUGAAUUCCGAAUCUUUAUGGUGGCAUGGACCUGUUUGGCUAAAACAAUCUAAAAUAGAAGAGUCGAAAUGUAAUGUAGAUGAAACACAUGAAGAAGAAAGAAUAGUUUCUAUGAAGGUGACACAAUCAAAAGAAGAGAAUUUUGAAUGGACGAAAUUUUCAAACUUAACAAAAAUGCUCAAAGUAAUGUCAUUUUGUAGAAGAAUGUUGACAAAAAAGGAAGAAAGACAACAAUUACCUGUAUGGGUUAAACGAUAUGUGACAGUUAAAGAAAUGAAUCGAACGUUAGAGAUGUGUAUCAAACAAGUUCAAGGAGUUGAAUUUGGAGAAGAGAUAAAGUUGUUACUAGAAGGAAAAGAAGUCUUGAAGAAAAGCGCACUUCAUACUCUCUGCCCAGUUUUGGAUCAAAAUCGGUUGCUGAGAGUGGGAGGACGAAUCGAACAGGCUGAUACGAUUCACCUCUAG